GGUAGGAAUCAGUCUCGUACGUUCGGCUGGUUUGGUUUUAAUGGUGGUUCUGCAACAGCGGCAAAUAUACGUGCCGUUCUUGCAUGUACAGUAACUAAUUUGGCCGCGUCAUCAGGUGGACUCACAUGGAUGAUAAUGGAUUACAGAAUGGAACAUAAAUUAUCAGCACUUGGAUUCUGUUCAGGAGCUGUCGCUGGUUUGGUUGCAAUAACUCCAGGAUCUGGUUAUGUUGCACCUCAUUCCGCUAUUGUUUUUGGUAUUUGCGGUGGAGCCAUUUGUAAUUUGGCAGUUAAAUUGAAACAUUUUUUUGAUUACGAUGAUGCUUUAGAUGUAUUUGCAGUUCAUGGUAUUGGUGGAUUAGUUGGGAAUCUUCUUACCGGUGUAUUUGCAGAUAAAAAUAUUGCUGCACUUAGUGGUGAAGAAAUUUUGGGAGGUGUUAUAAAUCACAAUUAUAUUCAAAUAGCCAAACAAUUAACAUCAUCAGGAGCAGGGUUUAUGUACUCUUUUAUAAUGACUUAUCUCAUUCUUUUAAUUUUGAAUAAGAUCCCGUUCCUUAGUAUACGUUUAAAUGAUGAACAAGAAGCAUGCGGCACGGACGAAUCAGAUCAUG